AGGGGGGUGAGGAUGGAGAGGGAGAGGGAGGGAUGAGUGCUGAUGGUAGGUGGUUUGAGAUUUGAUUGAAGCUAUUUGCGAGGUUCUUGAGGUCUUGGUUUUGGUUUCUUGUGAGAGUCAGGUUGAAGUUGAAGGUGGAGAGUGUGGUCCCUGUAGAGAUGUGGAUGUUUUGCAUGUUGCCCUUACAAGCUUGCCUUUUCUCCGCAUAUUUACAGAUUCCAAGUCAAGUUUCUGUGGAAUUUAUGCAAUUUUUUCUCCGCAUAUUUACACGUGUCAGAUUUCUGUGGAGCAUUCCUUCUGCUUCCCCUGCAGAUAUACUCGUAUAAAUGCUUGGUAUCGGCUUUCACCCUCCUUCGAGCGCAGGAAGUGGAGAUGCAGAUAUACGACUGCUCCACUCUACAAAGAGGGGUGAAGACCCAUGCCUCGAGCCCGCAGCUUUACAUUCUUCUUCUUCUCGGAAUCAUCCUUCACAUCUACGUUCCUUCAUCUUUUCAUUUACCCUUUUGAGCUUAUCUACUCUGCAAAACUCGACAGAGAAGAAUCGCUAACAUGCCAUCCUCUCUCUCACAGUCCAUCCAGCUGCUCAAAAUGCGCCGAAAACUUCCAGCUUGAAAGGCGAGGAAUCCGAGACUGAAGCAACCAAAGCGGGAAAGAAAACGAAAGCGGACAAUGGCCUGGGUGUGCCUAGUUUACCGUUGAGGUUCAGGAGCGAGCCGGAGCCGUUCUGGGAUUCGAGUGAGUGUUGUUUGAUUCAUGCGGAUAUCAUGGCAUUGCCUGAUCUGUCUCCCUCAUCGAAAAACAACGAAGAUGAUCCCUGGGAUACAGGCAUCUAUAUGAACCCUUAUGUCCGCACCUCAUACUCCGCCAGCACACACCGACAUAUCUGGCUUGCGAAACGAUUCGAGAGAUUAUUCUCGCCUGUCCAGAGAGUGUUGAAUUAUUGGGCGGGGAUGCCGAGGUGGAAUUAUAGACGGAUGGAGAAGGAGGGAGAGAAGGUUAGGGAUCGGUUGUGGAUUUCGGUGCAUUCGAAUUUGACUGAGGUGGAGGCAGUUAGGAGGGCGGAGGAGGGGUGGGGGUUUGAUAAUGACGAUGAUGAUGAUGGGUCGAGUGAGAACGUGCAAGUGACUGUGAAGAAACAGGUAGAGAGUGUAGUGGAAAAGAGAGAAACCCUAGGAAAGGUUCGAGGGAAGGAAUACUGGGGGAAUGAGGGGUACUACGUUGAUUACGAGAGGACAGCGAAGCGGGGUGGCUAUUGUGGUGUAAGGCAGCUGCUUGUCAUGAAGGAGGAGAAGGUGGUGGAGGGAGAGGGGAAUUGGGAUAAUCUGCUGGAUAGAGUGCCGCCUGUUGAUAUCUGAUGGCAGGAGCGGGCUUCGUCUUUUGAUUGCACCUCUGGGGUUAAUGAGCGGCAUUGGGAUGGCGUUGAAUGGAUACAUGGAUUGUCUGAGAGGCAUGGCAUUAUCUGGUGUUGAGAUGGUUGUAUUGAACAGAGACCUGCUCAUCAUCCCCUAGGAUGGAUUUUUUCAGGUGUAGAACAGAAGCCUUAUUGCGCAAUGUUUAUCAUUCCUUCGGGUUCGCUUAGAGUCGCGCACUACUUCUACCAGAUGGGUUCUUCUGACUAAACAUCUCAAGCACAUACGAUGAUUACCUUUGAUAGAGCUAGUCUCGUUGUAGGCGUGAGGCUGAGAGCUUUGCCACCUGCCUCCAGAGCGGAUCUUCGCAUUUCACCGUCCUCAUAUUCUUCUUCACCAGGUGCCUCCGAAUCGCAAAGACUCAUAAGAACAAACCGACCGCUUGAUCAUGUCUGCCUCAGUGGAUGCUCAUACACCCGACUACGGUUAUGUAUACACUCCUCUUGAUGUUGCCUUGUUGGAUGAAAUUCGACUGAUCAGGCUGUGGCCUGGGCCGAUUCACGAGGAAGACAUCCGGCUCGAAGUCUUCCAUGAGAUAGCCUCUGCGAAGCCACAGUAUGAAGCUUUAUCAUACGCCUGGGGAUGUUCAGACCUCACGGACAUUGCACUUGUUUGCGAGGCGGUUGCAUGUCGCGGAAAGCGAAAGGAUCGCAGGCUCCUCGAACAGACGAUGGAUGAAUCAAUACCCACGUCCAAGCUGGGAAUCGCCCACAACCUUGCCGUUGCACUACGGCAUCUCAGGUUUCCGGAUAGAGAACGGAUCCUAUGGGUAGAUGCCAUUUCCAUCAACCAGAGGGACGAUACAGAAAGGAGUAGAGAAGUCCUGAAGAUGGGAGCGUUGUAUCGUAAUGCGAAGGGAGUUGUUGUUUGGCUUGGACCUAGUUUGGAUGAUAGUACUCUUGCUUUAAAGACCUUGGCUCGGCUAGGGGCGGAUGUGAUCUACCAUAAUGAUAAAAUGACGGUCGGGUUUCGUUCUGCGGCCUCAUGGGCUGAAUUUCUGGCAGAAGAUGAACAAGCUUUACGUGCACAAUCCCCCAGUUGGGUGGCCAUUGGACGUCUCCUGCGAAGAGAGUGGUUUAAAAGACUUUGGGUAUUCCAGGAAAUUGCAUUAGCCUCGUCCUCUAUUGUUCUUGCCGGUGAAUACUUUAUCGACUGGGAGCUUUUCAGACUUGGACUUUAUUGGGUAUGGUUGAUGAUCAACAACAUUAACCGUAUACCGGAUGCACCAAACAUUGACAAUCCCGGUACGAAUUGUGUGUUCGGGCUCUUAGAGAUCUCUGAUAGGAACGCGACGAUACGGACAACCCUAAUAAAUGCCUUAUCCUUGACCAAGAGAGUAUUAUGCUUCGAUGAACGGGACCGACUCUUUGGCAUCCGCGAAAUUCUCAUCGUCAAUGAACGAAAGUACAUCGAACCUGACUACUCCUUGGACACUGAAGAAGCUUUUACAGCCACAACAAUGUCAUGGAUCAACGACUAUGGCAGACUGGAUAUCCUAAAAUUUUGUGUACUGCAAAGCCCAUUUUCAGACCUGAAAUUGCCUUCUUGGGUUCCUGAUUUUUCCUUUCAAGGUCGUCCAGAGCAGAUCAUGUAUACUCGGGCCGAUGGCUUUGCCUACCCUAACCAUUCCAUCGAUAAUGGAGCAGUUCUCACUGUUUAUGGCGUGAAAGUGACGGAGGUUACACAAGUCGUGGCGAAGGAACUCACCAGGGAGAGCACAGAUAUGGAGCUCCUUGGCGUGUGCUGUGCAUGGAGGCAAUAUUUUUCUCAUUGGAAUGUAGAAGCAGCGGAUGAGUCAACGGGGGAUGCAUUCGUGGAAGCGGUAAUGGGUGGAAGAAUACAAGAGAUGACACCAAUAAACCUGGGCGUGUUUCCGAGUCAUGAAGUCUGCAAACAAAUUUUGAGGGAAGCUGGAGAAGAAUUUGGAGAAGCGAGACAAGGCUGUUUAUCGAAAGGACCCGACAGAGACCUUGUGAUAGAAAAGCUUCGGUAUAGUGUAUUUGGCCGUGCAAUGUUUAGUACCGCAGUAGGGACGUUGGGAAUGUGUCCGAACUCUGUGCAAUGCGGGGAUAUCAUCGUAGUUGUUUUGGGGUGUAAUGCACCUCUCGUGUUGCGUCCUCAGCCAGAUGGAGUGGAUACUUUCAAAGUCGUCGGAGAAUGCUAUGUUCCAAGUUUCAUGAAUGCAGAAGCACUUCUCGGACCACUUCCCCCGGGAUGGACCAAGCGAAAAUUGGUCUCCAAAUACUUGGGCCUCAUAAUGAUGUACGAGCAAGGACAAACCAAGACCCAGGAGGAUCCUAGAACAGCUAGUUUCCCGUCAGAUUGGAGAAUUAUGUUUGGGACACGCGAGAAUCCGCUCGAGGUUGAGCCAGAAGAUGAGAACGAUUGGGAAUUCAGGUGGUUCGAGAAUAUGAAAACGGGUGAGCAAACCGCUUUCAAUCCAGCGAUUACUCCUUCGCUGUUGAAGGAAAGGGGCGUCGAUAUACGGCAGCUUAGACUUAUCUGAAGCUAUGGACCUCUAUACAGCUCAGCUGAAAGGAUAUGAUAUCACUUGGAUAUGAACGUGGGUUCUCAUCUGUAUCGUUGCUAUGCGUUGAUGGAUGUCAGUGCCGAGGGAUUUUGGAGAGAAGUAAAGAGGAUAACUUUUGGUCACAAGAUCUCUUGAACACGCUGGAUUUUUUUUCUACGACAUGCUACAAUCGGCAUAUUGCAAGCACGAGAUGACUGCGGAAAUGUUCCACAUGUGGUGGUGGGGUACAGGGUUUGUUAAACAGAUUUCGAGCCUUGGGAUUGGUUUCUUUGGAAACCCAGACUAGUAGCGCUGCUUUUGUUCUUGUCCUCUCUAUGAAUUCUCCAAGCAGUAUCAGUGACUGUCAUAGAUUUGUAGCACUUUCGAAUAUAGAGCAAUCAGGCUCCAAAUGUGCUUACCUACUUUCACUUGAAGAUAUUGCUAGGUGCGUUGCAUGAGAAAAUCUUAGAACAGUAACAGAUUCUGUGUCCUGCAGUUAAUUUAUUUACCAGGGGUUUCCGUCGAGUUAUGAUCUUUGUGUCAAUAAAUACAAUCAAGUGUCGUGUUUUUACACCAAGAUCUAACGGUAACAAUAUCAAGAUACAAAAGGCCUGUCGAAAUCUAGCCCUGAAUGUGAAUAUGCACCCAAACCUAUCGGAGACAUGUCCCCUCACCGCUGGUCGUACAGCCAAUGCGCUUCGAGCGCGUACAGCGCAAUCAUCGGUUGAGACACUCGGGACGUAACGCUGUAAAUGUUGGCAUCGGGCCGCCAUCGCCGCCGAUGUCUGAGAAAGUUGCAGCCUUUUCGGGAGCGUAUUCGGCUCGGCGAACCAAAGGACUUUGGCCAACAUAUUCAGUACUUUGUUGGAAAUGCAUGCUGGCACAGGCGGGCCUUGGAAGUUGGAAGUGACAGCUGAAGAAUUGGCUGGCUGCAUCAAAAAGCAGGUAAGCGCCGAUCUUGACACCCUUGCCACAUGUCGGUGAAAUUAGAACGAGGUUCUUGCAUGAUCAUGGCGGGUCUCUUGGCGAAUCGAUGUAUGCCCGUUGUUGUAACAG